AUGAUAGCGUGUGCAUCACCCAGUCAAGAACGAAUUUGGCUUGAUUUAUAUUUGCACAAGAUUCCAGUUUCGAUUUACAAUAUUCCAGUUCUAUUCACAUUACCACCGAAUCGAACACUAUCUAUUAGACGAUUACAUUUAUCCAUACGAAGUGUUAUUCGUCAACAUUCAAUAUUAAGAACAAAAAUUGUUUAUGAUAAUUGUUUGAAACAGAUCGUUCAACCUGUAUCUGAUAAUGACGACUGUUGUUAUUCAUUUCAACGAAGUUGUAUUGAAAAGACCACGAACGACGACGUCAUUGAACAGAUACUGGUGAAUGAAAUCAAUGGUGACAAUCAUUUCAAUUUGGAACAAGGUGUUGUUGUACGAUGCCAUGUCAUACAACAACACCAACGAGUUGAUGAAGAUUUGUUGGAAGAAAAUGAUUGGAUUAUUUUUAAUUUUCAUCAUAUUGCUCUAGAUGGUUAUUCAUUGAAAUUAUUUUUUAACGAUCUGAAUCUGGCUUAUACAAACAGUCGACUAGAAUCGAAUAAAACUCUCUCACAGUUCAUCGAUUGCAAACAGUUGGAAUCAAUAGAUCAGGCAAAAUUAUUUUGGAUGCAGCUAUUAUCGUCAUAUCAACAUCAUUUAUUAUUAUUACCGUACGAUUCAGUUAGAAUCAAUAAUAACAAUAAUAAUGUCGGUCGAACAUAUCUGUUCCAAAUUGAUAAUACAUCGGCUAUGUUUAACUUUAUUUCUAAGAAUAGUCACCAUGGUGUAACAAUGUUUCAGCUACUAUUAGCAUCAUAUUUUCUUCUACUGUAUAAAUUGACAAAUCAAAUCGAUUUAUUCGUUGGAGGUUUGAAUUCAAAUCGUCGUCAUUAUCAAAAUGUUAUUGGAAUGUUUGUUAAUCUCAAUAUAUAUCGUUUAAAAAAUUUGAAUCUUCAACAGACAUUUGAACAACUUUUAUUGACACAAGUACAACCUUUGUGUCAACAAAUAGCGCUGUACUCCUAUUUACCAUAUCAAGAUAUUAUUAAUAAUCUGGGUAAUGUACUCUACUAUAAUACCUUAAUCUAA